GCACUCCGGAAGCCAUGCCAGGCAGUCCUGCUUCCCCCGGGUUCCCUGCGGUGCCCCCAAGCUCUCCCCAGUUGUCCUGUUGGUCUUACCUCGCCACCUCGUCCCGCUGGGCCGGAUGGCGGCCUUGUGGGCGGGGCCGGCUUUGGUGGGGCUGGGGGCCGGCUUCAGCAAGAGGGCCUGCUGUGAGGAAGGGCCCAAAGUGGAAAUGGUCUGCGUGCCCGGGGAAAAAGAGCCGGAUUUCAACUGGCUCAUGUUUUGGAAAUUCCUGCGCCCUCAGCUACUGGCAGUGAUGGCGGCCAUCGUGUUUGCCUUUGGGGCGGCCAUGCUGAACAUCCACAUCCCGUUGCUGCUGGGCCAGAUGGUGAACGUGGUGGCCAAGCACAUGCGGGUGGGCGACUACCUGCGCAUGGUGCGUCAGCCAGCCCUGCGCCUGCUGACCAUCUACGGCCUUCAGGGUGCGUUAACCUUCGGGUACAUCCUGCUGCUGUCCUGGAUCGGGGAGAAGGUAGCCGGCAGUAUGCGGAAGCAGCUCUUCUCGUCCUUCCUCCGAGAAGAUCUAGCCUUCUUCGAUGCCAAUCAGACGGGGCACCUGGUGAAUCGCCUGACCGCCGACAUCCAGGAAUUCAAAUCUUCCUUCAAGCUGGUCAUCUCUCAGGUUUGGCUCAUGGGGGGUAAAAAGCCAUUUUGA